UUCUGCAUAUACAAUAUAGAAGUUCCAGGUUAUAUACGAUUUAAUAUUCCACACAGGAGAAUUCCUAUUAACCAAGUAUACUGAAUAUUAAAGUUGUUUCUUGGUUUCUUAUGUGCUGAAGUAAGUGAUAACUCUCAACACCAUGUAUGACGAUGAUGACUUGGAUUUACAAGCUGAGGAAGAGGAAGAAAUUUCCCCCGAGAUGUGGCAGGAGGCUUGCUGGAUUGUUAUAAGUUCCUACUUUGAUGAGAAAGGUUUGGUACGUCAACAACUCGAUUCUUUCGAUGAAUUCAUCCAAAUGUCAGUGCAACGUAUCGUAGAAGAUGCUCCAAUUAUUGAACUACAAGCAGAGUCCCAACAUACAUCAACAGAAGUCUCAGUGCCUACAAAAUAUUUGUUGAAGUUUGAACAAAUUUAUUUAUCGAAACCAACACAUUGGGAGAAAGAUGGAGCGCCUAGUCCUAUGAUGCCUAAUGAGGCAAGAUUGCGAAACCUGACAUACUCAGCACCAUUGUACGUUGACAUCACAAAGACAGUCGUUAAACACGAAGCACAGCCGGUUGAAACACAACAUCAGAAAACCUUUAUUGGCAAAAUCCCCAUCAUGUUAAGAUCAACUUAUUGCUUGUUAAGUGGACUCACUGAUCGUGAUUUAACUGAGUUGAAUGAAUGUCCACUUGAUCCAGGAGGUUAUUUUAUCAUUAAUGGAUCAGAAAAGGUGUUGAUUGCUCAAGAGAAGAUGGCCACAAACACAGUCUAUGUUUUCAAGAAAAAAGAUUCAAAAUAUGCUUUCACCAGUGAGAUUAGGAGUUCACUUGAAAAUAGUUCUCGACCAACAAGUUCUAUGUGGGUUAACAUGUUGGCUAGAGGCGGCCAGGGUGUAAAGAAGAGUGCCAUCGGACAACGCAUCACUGCAAUCAUCCCGUACAUUCGACAAGAGAUUCCGAUCAUCAUCGUGUUUCGAGCUCUUGGUUUCGUAUCAGAUCGUGAUAUCUUGGAGCAUAUUAUUUAUGAUUUUGAUGAUCCAGAAAUGAUGGAAAUGGUUAAACCUUCAUUGGACGAAGCGUUUGUCAUCCAGGAGCAAAAUGUUGCGUUGAAUUUUAUUGGUAGCAGAGGUGCAAAGCCUGGUGUUACAAAGGAAAAGAGAAUUAAAUAUGCGAGAGAAAUUCUACAGAAGGAGAUGUUGCCACAUGUUGGUAUCAGUGACUUCUGUGAGACAAAGAAAGCUUAUUUUCUUGGUUACAUGGUGCAUCGUCUACUGUCGGCUGCUCUUGGAAGAAGAGAGCUGGAUGACAGGGAUCAUUAUGGAAACAAGAGAUUGGAUCUUGCAGGUCCUCUUCUCGCGUUUCUCUUCCGUGGUUUGUUCCGUAACUUAAUGAAAGAAGUUCGACUUUAUGCGCAGAAGUUUAUCGACCGUGGAAAGGAUUUCAACCUUGAACUUGCAAUAAAAACCCGAAUAAUCACGGAUGGCUUAAAAUAUUCGCUCGCUACUGGUAACUGGGGAGAUCAGAAGAAAGCUCACCAAGCAAGAGCUGGAGUUUCGCAGGUAUUGAACCGGUUAACUUACGCAUCCACGUUAUCCCAUCUACGUCGAUUAAAUUCACCCAUCGGACGUGACGGGAAACUUGCAAAACCGCGUCAACUACACAACUCACUGUGGGGGAUGAUAUGUCCGGCUGAAACACCUGAGGGCCACGCUGUGGGAUUAGUGAAGAACCUUGCAUUAAUGGCUUAUAUAUCUGUUGGUUCACAACCAAGUCCUAUAUUGGAGUUUCUUGAGGAAUGGUCCAUGGAAAACUUGGAAGAAAUAUCUCCUUCUGCUAUUGCAAAUGCCACGAAGAUAUUUGUGAAUGGAUGUUGGGUAGGCAUCCAUAGAGAUCCUGAACAACUAAUGAACACACUACGAAAGCUACGAAGACAGAUGGAUAUUAUUGUGUCAGAAGUUUCUAUGGUUCGUGAUAUUCGUGAGCGUGAGAUUCGUAUUUACACGGACGCCGGUCGUAUUUGCCGACCUUUGCUUAUUGUGGAAAAUCAGAAGCUGCUUCUUAAAACGAGACAUAUUGAUCAACUUAAGGAGGAUUAUAAUAGUUACAGUUGGCAAGACUUAGUAGCAAGUGGUGUAGUUGAAUAUAUUGACCCACUUGAAGAAGAGACGAUCAUGUUAGCGAUGUUUCCUGAAGAUUUACAAGAUAAAGGUGAACAAUACUGUAGCACGUACACACAUUGUGAGAUUCACCCUGCCAUGAUACUUGGUGUGUGCGCUUCUAUUAUCCCGUUCCCUGAUCAUAACCAGUCCCCAAGAAACACUUACCAGAGUGCUAUGGGCAAGCAAGCCAUGGGAGUUUACAUCACCAACUUCCAUGUACGUAUGGACACACUCGCACACGUGCUUUACUAUCCACAAAAACCUCUCGUAACCACUCGUUCAAUGGAAUAUCUUCGGUUCCGUGAAUUACCAGCCGGUAUCAACGCUAUAGUAGCCAUCUCUACAUAUACAGGAUAUAAUCAAGAAGAUUCAAUUAUUGUCAAUAAAAGUUCGGUGGAUCGUGGGUUUUUCAGAUCUGUGUUCUACCGAUCCUACAAAGAUGCUGAAAACAAGAGCGCUUACGAUCAAGAGGAAACAUUUGAACGGCCUGAGCGUUCAUUCUGCACCGGGAUGCGACACGCGAUAUAUGAUAAGUUGGAUGAUGAUGGAUUGGUAUCGCCAGGUAUUCGUGUGUCCGGAGACGACGUUGUGAUUGGAAAGACGGUGAUGUUGCCAGAGAACGAAGACGAGUUGGAAGGAACGACCCAAAGAUUUAAGAAGAGAGAUGUUUCAACUUUCCUCAGGACUAGUGAGACUGGAAUCGUGGAUCAGGUGAUGAUAAGCAUCAACCAGGAUGGUUACAAGUUUACAAAGAUACGAGUACGAUCUGUAAGAGUCCCACAAAUAGGAGAUAAAUUUGCAAGUAGGCACGGACAGAAAGGAACAUGUGGUAUCACUUACAGAGCUGAGGAUAUGCCAUUCACGAGCGAGGGUGUUCAACCUGAUCUUAUCGUUAAUCCUCACGCUAUCCCAUCUCGUAUGACCAUUGGCCAUUUAAUUGAAUGCAUACAGGGCAAAGUGUCAGCAAAUAAAGGAGAAAUAGGAGAUGCCACUCCAUUCAAUGACACUGUUAAUGUACAGAAGAUAUCAAACUUAUUGCAUGAAUAUGGAUACCAGCAGCGUGGAAAUGAGGUGUUGUACAACGGACACACAGGUCGCAAACUCAACACCCAAGUUUUCUUCGGUCCAACUUAUUAUCAGCGGUUAAAACAUAUGGUGGACGACAAGAUUCAUUCUCGAGCACGAGGUCCCGUGCAAAUAUUGAACCGACAACCCAUGGAGGGUAGAUCAAGGGACGGUGGUUUGAGGUUCGGGGAGAUGGAAAGAGAUUGUCAAAUCGCUCAUGGUGCAGCUCAGUUCUUACGUGAAAGAUUAUUUGAAGCAUCUGACCCGUAUCGUGUUCAUGUUUGUAACUUGUGUGGACUUAUCGCAAUCGCUAAUCUAAGGUCUCACACCUUUGAAUGCAGGGGUUGUAAGAACAAAACACACAUUUCACAGGUACGGAUGCCAUACGCUUGCAAACUUUUGUUCCAAGAACUCAUGUCGAUGUCAAUCGCUCCUCGUAUGAUGGUCACGUGAUACCAUGACGUCUUCACUGCCAAAAUCAUUCAACCAUGAAAACAGUUUUGAACUUUUUAAUAAAAGCAUCUUGUGAAUAUUGUUA